AUGGACUCGCCUGCCAGAAAUAACGCGUCCCGCGUUUGUUCUAUUAUGGAUCAUUCAAAUUCUAAGGGACUCUGGUUUGGAGAUAACCCUCUUAAGUUCUAUGUUCCUUCACUUCUGCUGCACCUCUCUCUUAGUAUUAAUAUUCUCACCAAGUGCUUUCACUUCUUUCUCAAGCCUCUUGGCCAACCUACCAUCAUUUCUCAGACUCUGGCUGGUGUUGUUCUAGGUCCAUCGAUACUCGGGCAGAGUACAACGUUCUUAUCUAAUGUGUUUCCUAAGGAAACUCGGAUAGUACUAGAGACCACUGCAUCUUUUGGCUUCAUGCUCUUUAUAUUCCUAAUUGGGGUCAAAGUAGAUCCAAUAAUGGUUUAUAGAACAGGGAAGCCACUGGGAACUGCACUAGCUGAGAACUUGAUAGCUUUGUUGAAGAUGCCAAUCCGAGACGCCCUUUCUCUUGCUCUUGUCAUGAACACUAAAAGCAUAGCUGAACUUGGUUUCAUGAUCCAGAUGAAACAUAUGAAUCAAUUGACAGCAGAACCGUAUACCAUUAUGGUAAUCUCAGUGGUGGUUAUAACAGGAGUAAUUUCGCCUAUCGUGAAAUUUCUAUAUGAUCCUUCAAGAAGGUACCUUGCCUAUAGGAGGAGGACUAUCUUGCACCUCAGACGGAACGAAGAACUUCGUGUACUUACUUGCCUGCACUCUCCAGAAAAUGUCCAGGCAUCUAAUCCAACAAAAGAGAGCCCAAUUAAUCUUGUGGUUCUCCACCUUGUCAAGCUCAUUGGUCGCGCCAGUUCUCUACUAGUCCCAUACAGGCAAAGGGAAAAGCCUUCGUCAAAACGUUCAGAAUCAGAACAAAUAUUCUCUGCAUUCAGAAAGUAUGAACAACUCAACUAUGGCAGUUGGAUAUACGGGGAAACAGUAGAAACCUCUCAUGCAUUCAGAAACUUGAACAAAAAGGUCCUGGAUAAGGCUCCUUGCUCUGUCGGGGUCCUUCUUGAUCGCGUAAAACAGAAGAACCCCAGAUACGUAUUGUCAGAGCAGUUGUUACAGAAGGGGCCUGAUGAUAGAGAAGCCCUAUCAUACGGCCAACGAAUGUCAAGCAACUCUACUAUUGAGCUCCAUUUAGUUCGAUUCAUUACUUCAAAUUCACAAAACAUCAUGGGAGGGAAAGAACGAAGCAAGAUGCUUGAUGAUAACAUCUUGAGUGACUUCAAGCACAACACUAUGAGUUCUAAACGUGUUUCGUACCAAGAGGAGGUGGUGUCCAGUGGUAAGGAUGUGGUCUCAUCAACAAGAUCAGUAGGUGUUUCUCAUGACCUUGUCUUGGUUGGUAGGCGGCACGGGGAGUCACUCCUAAUGUAUCAACUAAAGACAUGGAGGGACAGGGGAGAGUUAGGGGAAGUCGGAGAAACACUUGCUUACCCUGAAUACAAUUGUGAGGCUUCUGUUCUGCUAGAGUUGUGGAAUGAGAAGAGCUCAGGAAAGUAUGAGAAGAAGGACCAUGUCUUACCCAAUCACCUCGACGAGAAGGUUGCUGCACUCCAUCUUGAAAAUCUCGGUGCAAAGCUUACAAAGCUCUCCAAGGACCAAGCUGACUACAUCAGUGUUUAA